UAGUUUACAUUUUAUUUUUAAUAAGGGUUCAUCCAGUUUUCACUAACUGAAGUCUUACAGAAGAUGUUCUGUGUUACUUGAGUUUAAACGCACCACAGAGUGUGUUUACCUUUUUCUUUUGGAAAAGUAUUCCGGAAACGAAACCCUGAGUAAUCGGAAGUGAUUAUUUGUGAACCAGAAGCUUGAUGUCACCAAGGCCUGGGCGGAUUGGCUUCGGAAUGCAAGAGUAGUGUGUGGAGAAGUUAGCCCAGUGAGAGCUAGACGAAGAACCUGUAAAGUGAGACCCCCUGCAAUAGGAAGAGUAAGAGUCUGAGAGGUUUUUCAGUAGAAGUCUUGGGGUGCAUUUUUAUUGGUGAAAAAAAUGACUACUCUUGAAAGUUUAGAAACCAAAGUCAUCCUUACUUCAUCCCCAAUUCGAGGAGCGGGAGAUGGAAUGGAAACUGAGGAGCCACCUAAAUCUAUUGAAGUUACUCCUGUAAUCCAACCUAUAAAGCAUCACAUCCUUCCAAGUCCACGAAAGAAAGCAGUUCCAUCAGAGAGCCCAGGCGUUCUUCAGCUAGGGAAGAUUCUCGCUGAAAAAGCAGUGGAAGUCGAAGCUGUAAGAAUAUUAGUUCCCAAAGCCGCUAUAACCCAUGAUAUCCCCAACAAAAAUGCAAAGGUUAAGUCUCUGGGACAUCAUAAAGGAGAACUCCUUGGCCAGCCAGAGGGCGUUGAAGAACCCAGAAAGGAACUAUCCGAGGUAAAGAAUAUAUUGGAAAAGCUCAAGAACUCUGAAAGGAGGUUACUACAGGACAAAGAAGGUCUUUCAAACCAGCUCAGAGUACAGUCAGAGGUCAAUCGUGAGUUAAAAAAGCUGCUGGUGGCUUCUGUUGGGGAUGAUCUUCAGUAUCACUUUGAACGUCUAGCCCGUGAGAAAAAUCAGCUUAUUUUAGAAAACGAAGCCCUAGGUCGAAACAUAGCUCAGCUUUCCGAACAGUUAGAACGGAUGUCGAUACAGUGUGAUGUGUGGCGAAGUAAAUUCCUUGCAAGCAGGGUUAUGGCAGAUGAGUUAACCAACUCCAGAGCAGUUUUACAGCGUCAAAACCGUGAUGCACAGAGUGCUAUACAAGAUCUCCUGAGUGAACGGGAACAGUUUCGUCAGGAAAUGAUAGCUGCGCAGAAGUUGUUGGAGGAACUCUUGAUCUCCUUGCAGUGGGGAAGAGAGCAAACUUACUACCCUAGUGCGCAACCUCACAGCACAGCAGAACUAGCGUUAACAAAUCACAAGUUGGCAAAAGCAAUAAAUUCUCAUCUUCUGGGAAAUGUUGGCACUAAUGGUCAAAAAAAGUUUCCAUCAACAGUUGAAUUCUGCAGCACCCCAGCAGAAAAAAUGGCUGAAACGGUUCUACGCAGUUUGGAUCCAGUAAGCUGUACAGAGAGCUCACCUGAUAAUCCAUUUUCUAAGUCUUCACCAACCACCUUACUUGCUACAAAGAAAAAUAUUGGACGAUUUCAUCCCUAUACAAGAUAUGAAAAUAUAACUUUCAAUUGCUGUAAUCACUGCCAGGGAGAACUUAUUGCCCUUUAACAGUCAAGAUGUUGGAGGCACACUAUAGAGUCAUUAUUAUUUGGCAGCUGGGGUUCUUUUGAUGCUAGAAGUAUUAUCACUUUCUAUUUAAAUAAUAUAUAUCCCCAAAGAUGUUUCAUGUACUGGACUCCGGAUUACCCUUUCUUAAUAAAUAUCUCAGGGUAAGGAAAAAAUGAAACUGUGUAGAUAUAUUUAAAAUAGACAAUACAGGCAUUACAGGAUGGUUUUCCUAAAGGACUAAAAGAAAAAGAUUCUGUACCUUUCUUUUAGGCCCUAAUUUAUUAUUUAUCUAUCUUGCUAUAUAUUUUACAUAAGCAAACUAAUUUCUGUACUCUAAAGCAAGGAUUGGCAGACUACAGCCUUGGGUCACAUGCAACCACACCCAUUCACGUACUGUUGUCUGUGGUUGGUUUCAUGUGCUACAACAGAAUUGAGUAGCUACAACAGGGUUUGUAUGACUAGCAAAGCCUGAAAUAUUUACUAUCUGGUCCUUUACAGAAAAAGUUUUCUGACCCCCUACUCUAAAGUAAAAGUAGCUGGCAGGGGUCGGGGAGGGAGUGGGAUAGGAGUCCUUUCCCUUUUUGGUGAUUUUUAGGAGCUACAAAAGAGUCUUAUGGAAAUACUGUGGGUGAAGGGACUACUUUAAAAAUAAAUGCUAUAUGUUAGGAAACUUUUAAAUAUUUUACAGCCACAUUAACAAAUGCUUGAGCAAAACAUGUUCUCAUUUUGGUUUUGUGCAGGGGAUUCCAUAUUUUGAAUGGAUGCAACUUGAUAUAUAGACGAAACAUUCUAACUAUUGGGCUCAUUUUGGCAAUUGCAGCACAACAGGAAUAUCCAAUUUGAUACUUAUGAAAUAUGGCAGAGAAAGUAGGAUCUUUCUAGAACAUUGUUCAAACUCAAAAAUGCAAUUCAUCAAUUAAUUUUUAUGUCAUAUAUAUUAUUAUUUACUUAUGACUGGCUAUCAUCAAACAUCCUUUUAUACACCUUUAAAAAUGUCCACAAAAUGUUUAUACCAAAUUACCCUAAGUGGUUGCAGAAGUGCCUAUCAGUAAAGAAAUCCUCAAAAGACAAAUCUGAUCAAAUAACAAUAUGUUUUAAUGUCAACUUAAUGGUUUUGUUCUGUUUUGUUUUGGUCUGAUUCAUCUGAGUUAUAGUUUCAAGUGGCAAUAAAUUUCUCUACCUUC